CACAGCCGGUUCUGUGGGAAGUCCUUUCAGAAGCGUAUAAUAACUCGAAGGUGCAAUUUAUUCUCAGCUCAAGUAAGUCGAACAAUUAGCAUCUUAUCGCUAUUCAAGAUACGGCGGAGCACAUAGAAGUUGCUGAACUUUGGGCACAAUCAAGCUCUUCCUGGUAGAGAGGACAACAAUCGUUCCGGGAUAUUCAAGCUGACCAGGCAAGUGUAAUAUUUUAAUGAGUGCAUUUGUUGUGAGCGUUGGCAUUUACGUGGUACGGAACCAGCCCCACAGCGACAAGAAGAAGUUCACAACGAGUUUGCGGAUUGGUGAACAGCGCACAUUGUCCGCUGCAGCAUGAGCCACUCGGAGCAGGUAGAAGGGCAAUCGUCCGGUACUGCGAUAUUAGAUGAUAAGUCCAACUUUUCCGCCACUGAUAAAAAUGUUGUUACUACAAGUGAAACGACAGCCACCGCUCAGCAGCAGGAGGAGUUUACGGAUCCAUUUUGCAAUGCUGAUAAUCCACAGAUAAUUAGUUUUCAGGAUGUUACUUCGGCAGCUUUUAGGAUCAAAAACGGAAUCGAGCACACACCCUGUCCAAAAUCACAUCUAUCCGAGGUGAUCGAUAUGGACAUAUACCUGAAAAAAGAAUUUCUCCAAUUCACCGGAAGCUUCAAAGAACGAGGGGCGCGAUAUGCGCUGGUCAUGUUACCGAAAGAGCAGCGAAAGAAGGGAGUGAUAUCAGCCUCCUUGGGAAAUCACGCCCAGGGUCUAUGCUAUCACGGUUGGAAGCUGGGGAUCCCAGUCACAGUGGUAAUGCCAUCGAAAGCCUCACUGAUGAAGAUACAGAAAUGCCGUGACUAUCAUGCCAACGUAAUCGUGCAGGGCGCCGACAUGGGGGAGGCAAAAAAGAUUGCGUUGAAAAUGGCGCACGAAACCGGACUAACCUAUAUCAACGGUUACGAUCAUCCACACAUCAUGGCCGGUCAGGGGACCAUCGGUUUGGAAAUUGUCGAGCAAGUAAGCAACAUUGAUGCCGUUGUGGUUCCAGUCGGCGGCGGAGGACUGAUUGCAGGAGUUGCAACUGCCAUCAAGAAUUUAAGCCCCCAAACCAAAAUCAUAGGUGUGGAAUCGGAAAAGUGCCCAAGUUUCACAAAGGCAUUGGAAAACAAGGCGCCGGUCUACACCCCAAACAAGGAAACACUAGCCGAUGGGCUGGCCGUGCCGCAAGUGGGCUACAAUGCGUUCGCCACAACCGUUCCCCUGCUGGACAAAAUGAUUGUAGUCAAAGAGGAGUGGAUUGCGCUGGCUAUUUUGAGACUGGUCGAGCAGGAAAAGUGCGUUGUGGAGGGUGCUGGUGCUUCGGGCUUAGCCGCCAUACUCGCCGGUCAUUUGGAUGAGUUCAAAGGAAAAAGGGUUGUGCUGCUAAUAUGUGGCGGAAAUAUCGACACCACAAUUUUCGGACGAUGUCUUGAGCGGGGCCUUGCGGCAGAUGGUCGUUUGCAGAGGUUCACAGUAACAGUCAGUGAUGGUCCGGGCGGUGUAUCGAAGCUGUGUAACUUAUUGGCUAAACUUGGUGUUUCCAUUAAGGAUAUUAUGCACGAACGUGCGUUCAUUCGAGACAUCCACAGCGUAGAGGUUAAAGUUGUCUGCGAAACACGUGACUGGAUCCAUUCGCAGGAAAUGCGAGCUGCACUGCGAGAGACGUACGAUAAUGUUUGCUUCUACGACCUUCCCAUGGCGAUAUAGGUGCCGAGCGAGAGUCGGUAAUAGCACUGAAAUAAAAGCCUUUAUGGAGUUAGAUGUAAAUUUUAUUACAAGGAAAGUUGUUCGGA